AUGCACACUGCCAAUUCUUCUAAAAUUGAGAUCACCACCUUCUUCCUGAUUGGAAUCCCAGGACUGGAGCACCUCCAUGAAUGGAUCUCAAUUCCCAUCUGCUUCAUGUACCUGCUGGCCAUCCUCGGCAAUUGCACCAUCCUCUUUGUGAUCAGGACAGAACCCUCGCUCCACGCGCCCAUGUACUAUUUCCUCUCCAUGCUGGCUAUCUCUGACCUGGGCCUGUCCUUCUCCUCCCUCCCCACUAUGCUGAGGACCUUUGUUUUCAAUGCUACAGGAAUUUCUCCAAAUGCCUGCUUUGCUCAAGAAUUCUUUAUCCAUGGAUUCACAGAUAUGGAGUCCUCAGUGCUCCUGGUCAUGUCCUUCGACCGCUUUCUGGCCAUACGAAACCCUCUAAGAUACAAUUCUAUCCUCACCAAUGCCAGAGUCGCCAAGAUGUGCCUGGUGUUUUCCAUUAAAAGCAUGGUCUUAAUGCUCCCGUUUCCUUUCGCUCUCAAAAGUUUGACAUAUUGUAAGAAAAGCCAACUUUCUCAUGCUUAUUGUCUCCAUCAGGAUGUCAUGAACCUGGCCUGCUCUGACAACUCAGUUGACUUUUUCUACGGUUUCUUUGUUGCCCUCUGUAUGCUGUCAGACAGUGUGUUCAUUGCUCUGUCCUACAUAUUCAUCCUGAAGACCGUGAUGGGAAUUGGAUCCCAUAAGGAGCGGCUCAAGGCCCUCAACACCUGUGUCUCCCACAUCUGUGCUGUGCUCAUCUUCUAUGUGCCCGUCAUUGCUUUGGCCUUUAUGCACCGCUUUGGCAAUCACAAAUCCCCAAGUGCCACGAUCCUCAUUGCUGACAUUUUCUUGCUAGUGCCGCCUCUGAUGAACCCCAUUGUAUACUGUGUGAAGACACAGCAAAUUCGUAAGAAGGUUCUGGGAAAAUUGGGUCUAAAAUAA